UUGAGUUGUAUUUUCGUUGCGCUCCGCAAGAAAAUUAGUUAAAUUCGUUGAAAAUGAGUGAGACUCUACAAUUGCGCGGUACCCUUGUUGGACACACCGGCUGGGUUACACAAAUCGCUACCAACCCAAAGGAUCCCGAUACAAUCAUUUCUGCUUCUCGUGACAAGACCCUUAUCGUAUGGAAAUUGACUCGCGAUGAAGACACCAACUACGGUUUCCCACAAAAGCGUUUGUACGGCCAUUCACACUUCGUGAGCGAUGUUGUACUUUCAUCUGAUGGUAACUACGCUCUGUCUGGCUCGUGGGACAAGACUUUGCGCUUGUGGGAUUUGGCUGCUGGCAAGACUACUCGUCGUUUUGAAGAUCACACCAAGGAUGUGCUGUCUGUUGCCUUCUCCGCCGACAAUCGUCAAAUUGUCUCUGGCUCACGCGACAAGACCAUCAAGCUGUGGAACACUUUGGCCGAGUGCAAGUUCACCAUCCAAGAAGAUGGACACACCGAUUGGGUGUCAUGCGUACGUUUCUCGCCCAACCACUCCAACCCCAUCAUUGUCUCGUGCGGUUGGGAUCGCACCGUUAAGGUCUGGAAUUUGGCCAACUGCAAGUUGAAGAACAACCACCAUGGACACAAUGGUUACUUGAAUACCGUGACUGUUUCACCUGACGGUUCAUUGUGCACUUCUGGUGGCAAGGACUCCAAGGCUUUGUUGUGGGAUCUGAAUGAUGGCAAGAACUUGUACACCUUAGAGCACAAUGAUAUCAUCAAUGCAUUGUGCUUCUCGCCCAACCGCUACUGGUUGUGCGUUGCAUACGGUCCAUCAAUCAAAAUCUGGGAUUUGGCAUGCAAGAAGACCGUUGAGGAGCUCCGCCCCGAAGUUGUGUCGACCAGCUCAAAGGCCGAUCCACCACAAUGCUUGUCGUUGGCCUGGUCCACCGAUGGCCAGACCUUGUUCGCUGGCUAUUCUGACAAGACCAUUCGCGUAUGGCAAGUCUCUGUAUCUGCUCACUAAGUUGAUGGCAGUUACGUACGCUUAAAUGCAGAAGCAUUUUUUGUUUUUAAUUACAAGUUUUUAUACGUUUUGAUGACAAAGUAAGUUGCCCAUACUGCUGGGCAUUCAAUCCUAUAUGUAUGUAAAAUGUAUGCGAAAAGAAAAAUGUGUACUGUAUUUAAAAUGUUAAUUCAUUGAGCGCUGAUUUGUUUAUUAUAUAAACAAAUAAAU